AGUACUCAGCGAACAUUCGUGCAGGAAAUAUCUUUAAGUUUUCUCCUGAACAAGUGAUUAAGGAAAAAAGGAAAAAUAAGAGGAAGAUCAAAAUGAGUAAUAAAACCGGCAGAAACAAGAGAGAUACUUCAGGGGCUCAAGGAAAUUCUUCUUCAUGGAGAAGCCCGAGAAACAAUAUUAAUUCAACGAAGAAUGACUUUAAAAAACUUGAAAUUCGCAAUUUUCCAAAAGACGAUGGCUGUACGCAUUUCAUUUCGAUUCCAUUCGAUGAUGAAAAAUUCAAAAACUCCUUCAAUGCGUUCCGUAAUGAUGUGCUGGAUAACUCUAAAACGUACCGCAUCAAUGAGAACAUCGUUCAGAAGACGGAAAAACUUCAUAAAACUAUUCUUAACUUGAAACUCAGCAAUAAGGAUGAAAUUGACCGUGCAAAGGAAGUGUUGGAGGACGAGAAGGGUGCUAUUGAGGAGAUUUUGAAAGGAAGUACAGCAGAGAAGCAUGUGGUUAUCCGUGGGAUUAAGGAGCCAACGAAUUACAUGAGAACAGCCUUUUUGUUCAUGAAAGUGAUUUCUCCGAUCCUUCAGCGGAUUCAGGGCCAUUUGAUGAAAGCUCUUCAACGUGCUAAUUUGACUGUUCUCAACAAUGCAAGAGGGCUACCACCCCAAAUUGAUCAGAUUGUGAUGAUUUCAAAGAAUCUUCUAACUCCCGAGAAUACGCAAAAUAUUGAUUACACAUUUAAUCCUGGACCAAUUAUGCGAAAAUAUGGAAAUUAUGAAUUUGGGAAAUUCAACAUAACCGAGAUGCAUUUGUCACGUAGAUAUGUGUAUGAAGAUGAUGGUUACUUCAAAAAUGAAAUGGUUCUCAAUUUCUAAUAAGAUUGAGAAAACAAUAUUGCAAUUUUAUUAAGUUAUUCAUUGAGAUAUCGUACUAUGCAGUUUGAUGUUAAUUUUAUUGUAAAAAUAUGAAAAUAAAAUCAGUUUUCAUUAUCACAUAAUAAGCGAUUUAU